CACACUCAGCCACACGGGCGCGCGCGCGCACACACAUACACACACGCACACACACACACACACACAUACACACAUACGCACGCACCCCCGCGCGCACACGCCCGCCCGCCCGCUCUGCCUCUGCGCCCUCCAUCCCGGCUCGCUCAUUCUCUCGCCCUCUUGCUUCCCCUGCGGUCUCUCGCUCUGCGCGCACACACCACACACACGCACACGCACACACACGCGCGCACACACGCAGCCGGCACAGGCGGCGGCGGCGGCUGCCCAAGUCAGGACGAACCUCUCUAGGUACCGUCUUGAGAAGGCGGCAGCGGCGGCGGCGGCGGCGGCGGCGGCAGCCCGAGCAUCCCUCCUCACCCGGAGAGGGAGCACAGCCGAGAGUUUCCGUUCCCUUGGCCAUUCCCUUCCCCCUCCUUUUCUUUAUUUGCGAGAGAAUUUCUUCUUGGCUUAUAGGUUUAAUUUGAUUUUGAACAUUUUUGGUUGCUUUUGUGUGUGUGUGUGCUUUUUUUUCUUUCCUCAUUUUAUUUGCAUCCAGAGCAUGGCGGGCUGCGGGCUGUCGGAAGACACCUUCUUCUCUUCCUUCUUUUACAACUACGGCUCCUCCUGGGAAACCCCUUCCAACCAGUCUGCGCCUGAACUGCCCUCGCUGCUGCUUUGGUAAAGGCUUGCAAGGAAAGAGAGUCACAGCCGCUGGCGAACCCGGUUUGUGCAGGCAGCACCAGCGAUGGAUGAGAGCUCUCCCAGGCUGGAAGAAGACUGGAGAAAAGGACUUCAGCGAGAAGCAGGCUGGCAGUGUGCUGCUCUGGUUGGUGAAGACCAGCCUCUUUGCCCAGAUCUUCCUGAGCUUGAUCUUUCUGAACUAGAUGUGAACGACUUGGACACAGACAGCUUUCUGGGUGGACUCAAGUGGUGCAGCGACCAAUCAGAAAUAAUAUCCAACCAGUACAGCAAUGAGCCUGCAAACAUAUUUGAGAAGAUAGAUGAAGAAAAUGAGGCAAACUUGCUCGCAGUCCUCACAGAGACACUAGACAGUCUCCCUGUGGAUGAAGACGGAUUGCCCUCAUUUGAUGCACUGACAGAUGGAGACGUGACCACUGACAACGAGGCCAGUCCUUCCUCCAUGCCUGACGGCACCCCUCCACCUCAGGAGGCAGAAGAGCCGUCUCUACUUAAGAAGCUCCUGCUGGCACCGGCUAACACUCAGCUGAGUUAUAAUGAAUGCAGUGGCCUCAGUACCCAGAAUCAUGCAAACCACAAUCACAGGAUCAGAACAAGCCCUGCAGUUGUUAAGACCGAGAAUUCAUGGAGCAAUAAAGCGAAGAGCAUUUGUCAACAGCAAAAGCCACAAAGACGCCCAUGCUCGGAGCUUCUCAAGUAUCUGACCACAAACGAUGACCCUCCUCACACCAAACCCACAGAGAACAGGAACAGCAGCAGAGACAAAUGCACCUCCAAAAAGAAGACCCACACACAAUCGCAGUCGCAACAUGUACAAGCCAAACCAACAACUUUAUCUCUUCCUCUGACCCCAGAGUCACCAAAUGACCCCAAGGGUUCCCCAUUUGAGAACAAGACUAUUGAACGAACCUUAAGUGUGGAACUCUCUGGAACUGCAGGCCUCACUCCACCCACAACUCCUCCUCAUAAAGCCAACCAAGAUAACCCUUUCAGGGCUUCUCCAAAGCCGAAGUCCUCCUGCAAGACCGUGGUGCCACCGCCAUCAAAGAAGGCCCGGUACAGCGAGUCUUCUGGUACCCAAGGCAAUAACUCUACCAAAAAAGGGCCUGAGCAGUCCGAGUUGUACGCGCAGCUCAGCAAGUCCUCAGUGCCCAGCAGUGGACACGAGGAAAGGAAGGCCAAACGGCCCAGCCCACGCCUGUUUGGUGACCAUGACUAUUGCCAGUCAAUUAAUUCCAAAACGGAAAUACUUCUUCACGUGUCACAGGAGCUCCCAGACUCUAGACAACUAGACUAUAAAGAUGCCUCCUCUGCCUGGCAGGGGCAGAUUUGUUCUUCCACAGACUCAGACCAGCUCUACCUGAGAGAGACGCUGGAGGCCAGCAAGCAGGUCUCUCCUUGCGGCACCAGAAAACAGCUCCAAGACCAGGAGAUCCGAGCCGAGCUGAACAAGCACUUCGGUCAUCCCAGUCAAGCUGUUUUUGACGACGAAGCAGACAAGACCAGUGAACUGAGGGACAGUGAUUUCAGUAAUGAACAAUUCUCCAAACUACCUAUGUUUAUAAAUUCAGGACUCGCCAUGGAUGGCCUCUUCGAUGACAGCGAAGAUGAAAGUGAUAAACUGAGCUGCCCUUGGGAUGGCACGCAAUCCUAUUCAUUGUUCGACGUGUCGCCUUCUUGCUCUUCUUUUAACUCUCCGUGUAGAGAUUCCGUGUCACCACCCAAAUCCUUAUUUUCUCAAAGACCCCAAAGGAUGCGCUCUCGUUCAAGGUCCUUUUCUCGACACAGGUCGUGUUCCCGAUCACCAUAUUCCAGGUCAAGAUCAAGGUCCCCAGGCAGUAGAUCCUCCUCAAGGUCCUGCUACUACUAUGAGUCAAGCCACUACAGACACCGCACGCACCGAAAUUCUCCCUUAUAUGUGAGAUCACGUUCAAGAUCGCCCUACAGCCGGCGGCCCAGGUAUGACAGCUACGAGGCGUAUCAGCACGAAAGGCUGAAGAGGGAAGAAUACCGCAAAGAAUACGAGAAGCGGGAAUCCGAAAGGGCCAAGCAGAGAGAGAGGCAGAGGCAGAAGGCAAUUGAAGAGCGCCGCGUGAUUUAUGUUGGUAAAAUCAGACCUGACACUACACGGACAGAACUGAGGGACCGCUUUGAAGUUUUUGGUGAAAUUGAGGAGUGCACAGUAAAUCUGCGGGAUGAUGGAGACAGCUAUGGUUUCAUUACCUACCGCUACACCUGUGAUGCUUUUGCUGCUCUUGAAAAUGGAUAUACUUUGCGCAGGUCGAACGAAACUGACUUCCAGCUGUACUUUUGUGGACGCAAGCAAUUUUUCAAGUCUAACUAUGCAGACCUAGAUUCAAACUCAGAUGACUUUGACCCUGCUUCCACCAAGAGCAAGUAUGACUCUCUGGAUUUUGAUAGUUUACUGAAAGAAGCUCAGAGAAGCUUGCGCAGGUAACAUGUUACCUGGCUGAGGACGACAGAGAUGGUGAAUACCUCACGGGACAGCGCGCCCUUCCCUAACAGACUAUUGCAAGUCAUACUUAUGAAUUUCUCCUCCUUUACACUCUCUGUACAAAAACAAAACAACAAAACAACAACAAUACAACAAGAACAAGAACAACCACAACAACAAUGGUUUACAUGAGCAGAGCUGCUGAAGAAGCAAGAGACAGAGUGAUAUCCAGUAAGCACAAGUUUAUUUAUGGGUGUCAGCUUUGCUUUCCCCGGAGUCUCUUGGUGACUGUGUGUGUGUGUGUGUGUGUGUGUGUGUGUGUGUGUGUGUGUGUUCAUGUGCAUGCGUGCGUGCAUGCAUGUGUAUGGGUACGUGUGCACAUGUGCACGCUUGGUUUGGGGGAAGUGUGUGUGUGUGUGUGUGUGUGUGUGUGUGUGUGUGUGUGCCUGUGAGGACUAGGGGCACCUGACCAGAACGUGCAAGGGCAGACCACUUCAAAUGGCAGCAGUUCCAUGAAGACACAUUUAAAACCUAGAACUUCAAAAUGUUCACAAUCUAUUCAAAAGGAAAAAAUAUAUAUAUACAUAUAUGCAUAUAAAUUUAAAAAGGAAAGAAAACUAAUCAAUCAACCACAAAACAACCCUAAUACGACAGCUGCUGAUGUCCAGGGCAUCGGCCUCCGUACUCUGUUUUUUAAGAAAGUGCAAAAUCAACUUGAAGCAAGCUUUCUCUCCUCACCUAAUGAUUACGUGACAAUCCCGAAGAAACCACAGGUUCCGUAGAACUAACAUCCUCUCUCUCUCUCUUUGUCUCUCUCUUUUUCUCUUCCCUCCUGCUUUCUCUCUUUCUCUUUUUUUCUUUCUCUCUCUCUCUUUUCUUUCUUUCUUUUCCCUUUUCCUUUUGCCAUGGAAUCUGGGUGGGAGAGGAUGCUGCGGGCACCAGAAUGCUAAACUUUCCUAACAUUUUGAAGUUUCUGUAGUUCGUCCUUUGUCCUGACACCCAUGUCAAUGUCCAAAACGUUGAUCUUCCACUGCAAAUCUUAAAAGCCUUGUCAAUGGUCAAGCGUGCAGCUCGUUCAGCAGUUCUUCCCGAGACGCGGACGCGGUGUUACAUUAUAAAGGAGAGUUGAGUAGAACUCUCUGGAUGUGUUCAGAUAGUGUAAUCGCUACAUUCUCUGAUGUAGUUAAGUAUUUACAGAUGUUAAAUGGAGUAUUUUUAUUUUAUGUACAUACUAUACAAUGAUGUUCUUUUUUUGUUACAGCUAUGCACUGUAUAUGCAGCCUUCUUUUCGAAACUGCUAAAUUUUUCUUAAUCGAGAAUAUUCAAAUGUAAUUAUGAGGUGAACCAAUUAUUGUACACUAACAUAUUUAGAAGCUGAACUUACUGCUUAUAUAUAUUUGAUUGUAAAAAACAAAAAACAAAAAACAAAAGACAGUGUGUGUGUCCGUUGAGUGCAACUACAAAAAAAAAAAAAAUGACGCUUUACGCACAUCCAUCCCUCCUUUCUUAGGUGAGCUUCUAUCUGAGCAUCUUGUCAAAAACUAUCCCAGUCCCCUCAAGGUAUUAACCACUUCUGCGAUAUUUUUCCACAUUUUCUUGUUGCUUGUUUUUCUUUGAAGUUUUAUACACUGGAUUUGUUAGGGGAAUGAAAUUUUCUCAUCUAAAAUUUUUCUAGAAGAUAUCAUGAUUUUAUGUAAAGUCUCUCAAUGGGUAACCAUUAAGAAAUGUUUUUAUUUUCUCUAUCAACAGUAGUUUUGAAAAUAGAGGUCAAAAAUCUUUUUAAAAUGCUGUUCUGUUUUAAUUUUUGUGAUUUUAAUUUGAUACAAAAUGCUGAGGUAAUAAUUACAGUAUGAUUUUUACAAUAAUUAAUGUGUGUCUGAAGACUAUCUCUGAAGCCAGUAUCUCUUUCCCUUGGCAGAGUAUGACGAUGGUAUUUAUCUGUAUUUUUUACAGUUAUGCAUCCUGUAUAAAUACUGAUAUUUCAUUCCUUUGUUUACUAAAGAGACAUAUUUAUCAGUUGCAGAUAGCCUAUUUAUUAUAAAUUAUGAGAUGAUAAAAAUAAUAAAGCCAGAAGAAAUUCCCCUAGGAUGCAUGGCGGUUGUCAGGUGGGAGUGUAAACUCUUCAUUGGGGAAACUCGCCUUUUGCAGAAGCAGUGUUUCUACUUGCACUAGCAUGGCCUCUGACGUGACCAUGAUGUUGUUCUUGAUGACAUUGCUUCUGCUAAACUCAAUAAAAAAAACUUCAGAAAAACCUCCAUUUUGAGCAUCAGGAUUUCAUCUGAGUGUGGAGUCCCUGGAAUGGAAUUCACUGACGUUUGGAGUGUGUAUUCAAGUUUCUAAAUUGAGAUUCGAUUACUGUUUGGCUCCCGUGACUUUUCUGGAAGAUGUGACAUACCUACUACUUAAGCGUUCUUUUCCUUUCUCUCGCCCAACACGAUCUUAUACAAUGGGUCUCACCCCCAGGCCAAUGCAGCGGAUUUUGACGGCUGCAGUCAUUUAUCACCAGCAUACUGUGUUCUGAGUGAAUCCACUGUCUGUCCUGUCGGAUGCUUGCUUGAGUUUUUGGCUUCUUAUUUCUAAGUAGAUAGAAAGCAAUAAAAAUACUAUGACAACAUAAAAGAACUUGUUCACAGGUUCUGCGUUACAACAGUAACACACCUUUAAUCCGCCUAAUUCUUGUUGUUCUGUAGGUUAAAUGCAGGUAUUUUAACUCUUUGUGAACGCCAAACUAAAGUUUACAGUCUUUCUUUUGGAAUUUUGAGUAUCUUCUGUUGUAGAAUAAUAAUAAAAAAAGACUAUUAAGAGCAAUAAAUUAUUUUUAAGAAAUCGAUAUUUAGUAAAUCCUAUUAUGUGUUUAAGGACCAGAUGCGUUCUCUAUUUUGCCUUUAAAUUUUUUGUGAUCCAAUUUUAAAUACAUUCUCUUUUUCGCCCUGGAUUGUUGACAUGAGUGAACUAUUUGGUUUCUUUUCUCACUUAUCAAGAGACAACACUACAGACUUCAUGUUGAGGAUUAAUUUAUCCCCUCCCCUCCAGUCUGACAAAUAUUGUCACCAUGAAGAUAGUUUUCCUCCAUGGAUGUCAAACCGCAUCUCAAAUUAGUGGAGCAUUUGUACCUUAUGCAGACACUGUGGGUAGCCCAUCGAAACGUAAGCUGUGUUCCUUUUAUUUUUAAUUUUAAUUUUUUUUUUUGGAGAGAAUAUUUCCAGUGAACACGUGCACCCCAUCUUCACAGGAGGCAAUCUCAGCAUAGAUCUGCAGGGUUUUUAGAUGACCCAGGCCAUUGCCUUCAUACUGUGGUAAGUACCACAUCUACAAUUUUGGUAACCGAACUGGUGCUUUAGAAAAGUGGGAUUUUUUUUUUUUUUUUAAAGAGAUGUAGCAGACUAAUUCUUCCAGUGCACCCAAAUCAAUUUUUGCUAAAUGACUCCAGGAACACCAGUCGGGCUGUCAACAUUCAAAGCAGCAGAGAGGGAACUUUGCACUAUUGGGGUAGGACGUUUGGGUCCGUUGAAAAAGGAAACCUUUUCAUGCCUUUAGAUGUGAGCUUACAGUAGGUGAUGAUUCUGUGUCCUUCUUUGAUGGCUGUAACGAGAACUUCAAUCACUGUAGUCUAAGACCUGAUCUAUAGAUGACCUAGAAUAGCCAUGUAAUAUAAUGUGAUGAUUCUAAAUUUGUACCUAUGUGACAGACAUUUUUCAAUAAUGUGAACUGCUGAUUUGAAAGAGCUACUUUAAGAUUUGUAGGUGAAAGUGUAAUACUGUUGGUUGAACUAUGCUGAAGAGGGAAAGUGAGAGAUUAGUUGAGCCCUUGCUGGGCUUUUUCUUCCACCUGCCAAUUCUACAUGUAUUGUUGUGGUUUUAUUCAUUGUAUGAAAAUUCCUGUGAUUUUUUUUUUUAAUGUGCAGUACACAUCAGCCUCACUGAGCUAAUAAAGGGAAACGAAUGUUUCAAAUCUA